AUGGUGAAGGACAUUGCCAGCCUCGCAACAUUCCUCAAGGAACAGCGAGGCCUCCUUGAUGCUGCGGGCUGGUCCUCCGCGGCAGAGCAACACAUCAGCAAUCUGGACCUCCGGAUCAAGAAGCUUGCAAACGUCACCACGGAGGAAGCCACUGCGCUGACGACUGCCGUUCAGACCCUUCCGGUCACUGCAGAGGCCAAACAGAAGCUGUCCCAGACGAUAUCCACGACUCUACUUGCCAAAAAGGACAAGGUCGUUGUCAAGGGCGGGGCCCAGCUGCAGGGCGUCGACGCGUUCGGCGCCUACAUCAGCAAACGAGACAAGGAGUGCUGGGAGCUCCUGGCCGACCCCGAUACGCACGCGGUCCAUAAGGUUGAUGUGCUGGCGUCCCGGUGCUUGAAGAUCGGGCUCCACUACAUGACGGAGGCCGGCUAUGGCAGAGUUGUCGCCACGGGGGUGGCUUGCGGCCUUGAGGCGGACAGCCACAAGGCCUUUCUUGAACAUGUCCGGUGCCUCAAGGAUAAGGUCAAGACUCGCAGAAAGAGUUCCAAGUUGGACUCUUACUACACCCACCUGCCGCCCAACCCACGAGAGCUUCCCGGCGACCUCUUCCAGAACGCCUUCCAGGAUGAGACUCUCGAUCCCGUCUCCGAGGUGCUCGUGACUGCCGCCUUGGACAAGACCGGAACCCUGCGGAAGUCGAAGAAGGCCUUGGAAGACUCCACAGCAUUGGUGCCGUGGACUGCGAGUUCGUCGUCGUCGUCCAAGCGUGCCACAGGUGAACAAGAACAGGUGCAGCAGAUGAUGCGGUUUAUGAGCAUGUACCACAUGAUGCAGAAGAUGCAGCAGGGCGAGAAUGUCGGAAGUGGCAACGACGGCCUCAACCUGCACAUCUUUGGCCAGCCCGCAAAGCGUAAGCCCAAGGCGCUCAUGGACAAACCGGUCGAGACCCAGCCUAAUGAGACGGCGACGCAUGGUGCAGCUCCCCGGGAGGAGCCGACUCAGCAGGGCCCAGAAGAGAAGGGCCCAGCACAGCAAACCAUGCCGGAAGAACCUGCAGCGCCCGUGCUCCACAUCCCGGACAUUAACAGCAUCAGCGUGCAGGAGCAGGCGAACUGGCUUAAGAGCGACGGGUCGAACACGUCGGAGAAGCCGAAGGUGAAGGCGAAGGCUAAGGCGAAGGAGAAGGCGAAGGCGAAGGCGAAGGCCUCCUGCAAGGCCUUCGCCAAGUCGUCGCCGAAAGCCAUUGCGAAAGGCAAGGCAAAAGCCAAGGCCAAACAGGGCCCCGCCUCGACAUCGUCAAAGGCGGUGAUCAGGCGUCCGGCCGCUUGCAGGGGCUGGGACAUCGAGGACCGCUUUCGCGCUAGCGGUCAGAGGGAUCGUUACUUUGUGUCGCCCAGUGGCUCCGCUUUCCGCACCAUGGCUGAAGCUGAGAGUCAGGGCUACGUUAACAUGGAGGGGUGA